ACAGUUUUGAUGCUCGAGUCGAUACGUACAUACCAUCUUUGAAUAAAUAGCGUUAAUGUUUUAUAUCACUUGACAGCUGAUUAGAAAUUUUUAUUCUUCUAAUACAACUCAUUGAUGGAUUAGUAUUAGUCAAUUUUUACAAUCGAUUUAACAGUGCAUUGUCGACUCUUGUUUACUAGUUUCAAUGAGUGAACAAACAGAAGACACGAAUUUUUCUCAUAAAAUUUAUAAAAAUGAUCCGACGUUAUUUAUUAGUUACGUCGAAAAGGAAGUUAAGAUAACGAUGAAAGAUGGAAAUGUCCAGUGCGGAGUCAUUUACACAAUCGAUCCAGUGUCAGAAAGCAUUGUGCUUCUACAGUCGGGCGAAUCCACACAAUAUAAAUUGAAAAUAAUAUCUGGUCAUGCCAUCGAGAAUAUCGAAGUCACGUCGGAAGCGAAAACCGAUGUGCCGGAAUUGUUUUUACCCGUAAACACGAAGCUUUCGUUGACGGCGAUGACUAAAAGGAAGAAUAUAGUUAUGCAGUUAUUGCUGGACAAUCGAUUUCCAGUUAGAGAGGAAGGCGAUGCCUUGGUGAUUGAAAACAUCAUGUCGAUAGAUCCUCCGUAUUAUCCUGAAAAUUGUGCAUGUACUAACAGUAUUAUUCUUAGUAGAAUACAGAAUAUUUUGACGCGUGCAAGCGUCGAAUAAACU